GACAGGCUUCGGGGAGCUCGGAGAGCAGACGAGCGCCAGCGAGGAGAGAGAGAAAGAUGGAGGUGAGGGUCGGGGAGAGACUCCUGUGCCUGGCCGUGCUGUCCAGUGUCUUCUUCGUGGAUUCAGUCCUCGGGAAAUACGUCAAAGGCGUCGUUAAUACCAAAGAGGACUGGGUUUUUCUCACUCGCUUCUGCUUCCUCACCGACUUUGGACGGCUGGACUUCCGGUUCCGCUAUCCGAAGUCUCGCUGCUGUCAGAACAUAUUGCUCUACUUUGAUGACAGUUCUCAGUGGCCAGCUGUGUACAAGAGGCAUGAAAAGAACUGCUACCAGAAGGAAGCGGUGCUGAGGCCCGAGAACAACCAGGUCAUCAACCUCACCACACGCUACACCUGGUCAGGCUGUGUGGUGGAGGCAGACGGGGAUGAGGAGGUUCUGAGCUGCGUGGGCGGUCGUAGUUUCCGCUCGGUGAGGGAGAGAUGGUGGUACAUCGCUCUCAGCAAGUGUGGGGGCGAGGGCUUGCAUCUGGAGUACGAGAUGAAACUGACCAAUGGCCGGUCUUUCUGGACGCAGCAUUUCUCUGCAGACGAGUUUGGAAUCUUGGAGACGGACAUCACCUUCCUGGUCAUCUUCUCCCUGGUGUUCGUCCUCUCCUGCUACUUUGCUUACAAUCUGAAGGGAAGACAGCUUCUUCACACAACCUACAAAAUGUUUAUGACGGCGGCGGGUGUGGAGGUGCUCAGCCUGCUGUUCCACUGUAUCUACUGGAGCCUGUAUGCGAGAGAUGGAGUUGGCAACGGCAGCCUGAAAUUACUUGGGAAAUUACUGUUCUCAGUCAGUUUCUUGGUGUUCCUCCUGAUGCUCAUCCUGCUGGGCAAAGGUUUCACUGUCACCAGGGCGAGGAUCAGUCACAGUGGGUCCGUUAAGUUAAGCAUCUACAUGACAGUCUACACAAUCACCUACGUCAUCCUCUUCAUCUACGAGGCAGAGUUCUUCGACCCGGGUGAAGUGCUGUACGCCUACGACAGCCCCGCAGGCUACGGACUGAUGGGCCUGCAGCUGCUGGCCUACGUGUGGUUCUGCUACGCCGUGUUGGUCUCUCUGAAGCGCUACCCCGAGAAGCAGCCCUUCUACAUCCCGUUCUUCACCGCGUACACGCUGUGGUUUUUCGCCGUGCCUGUCAUUGCUUUGAUCGCCAAUUUUGGGAUUCCUCGUUGGGCCCGAGAGAAGAUCGUCAACGGCAUUCAGCUCGGCAUCCACUUCUACGCUCACAUCGUCUUCCUCGCUAUCACACGACCCUCCGCAGCCAAUAAGAACUUCCCAUAUCAUGUUCGGACGUCACAGAUUGGGAUCCUGCUGUCCAGUCCGAAAGCAGGCGAGGGGACAGAGAGUUUCCCUCAUCAUGCCUAUGGAAACGACUCCUUCCUGGGAGACUCUCAACCCAACUUCACCGAACUCUUCUCCAUCCAAUCAGACCCGGUGAAGACGGUGGAGGAGACGGUGGCCCGCAAAGGCCCCGAGGUGCCGAGGAACAGCGAGCAGAAGAUCAUCACCACCGCUGCCGACUUGACGGCGAUUUUGCCCCCACCUCCGCCCCCGAUACCCCCACGCCCGGCCACGCGCUCGCCCCCACUGCCGCCCCGGCUCCCUUCCUUCACAGAGUAUUUCAGUAUGCAGGGCGGAGGAGGAGGGGGGUUCGGAACGAAGGCAUGAAAAAAGGGACCGAGGGAGUCUGGGGGAGGGCAUGGAGGGGGAAUGGGCAGAAUGACAAUACAACUUAAAUGAAGGUGUUAGUGACGCCGCAAACCACAAAGAAAGAUUUGGACGAAGCAGAGAAAUCAUCAGAAAAGUGAAUCCAGAAACGGUCCCGUUUCACCUGUGAAUGGAAAUAAGCUGAAGGGAAGAGUGAGGG